AAAUGUCAUGUCAGCUGAAGUACGGUACGAGAGAAACUCCGUUUUCUUCGCUUUUUCACUCCGAGUCUCUCAGAUCAGUCUCUCUCUCUUUCGAGUUUCGUCUGAUCUUACUACUGAGUAUAAGAGAAUCAACUCUUCUCAUUUUCCAUUAAUGAAGGAAGGUAAGCACCUUGUUUAAUUACAGGGACGAACUAUGGAUUGGAGUAGUUUCAGAGAACUGAAGCCGCUGGUUCAUCUACUGGUGCCUCUCUGCGUCCAUUGGAUCGCCGAAGAAAUGACGGUUUCUGUUCUUGUUGACAUCACCACCACUGCUUUAUGUUCUGGUUCUGAAUCUUCCUGUUCUCUGGCCAUCUACAUCAAUGGUCUCCAACAAACGGUUGUCGGAGUUUUCAAGAUGGUGGUGCUUCCGUUUCUGGGUUACCUAGCAGAUGAGUAUGGGCGCAAGCCGAUGCUUAUUAUUAUCAUCUCCACAUCCAUAUUCCCUUUUGCUUUACUUGCUUGGAAUGAAUCAAGAGAAUUUGUCUACGCUUAUUAUGUGCUCCGUACAAUUUCAUAUAUCAUAAGUCAAGGGAGUAUUUUCUUCAUCUCUGUUUCUUAUGCGGCAGAUGUUGUGGAAGGCAGUAAAAGGACUGCAGCAUUUGGAUUGAUAACGGGUCUUUUUUCCAGUUCACAUGUCCUGGGAAAUGUGUUAGCUCGUUUUCUUCCCGAAGAUUACGUUUUCAAGGUGUCAAUUCUUCUCUUAAUAUUUUCUCCAGUUUACUUGAAAGUGUUUCUGGUUGAGAGAUUUAAACCCAUCCAGGCUGAGGACCAACAUUCAUCUUGUCUGGGUAUGAUUGACAAGGUCUUUAAGCAGCUGUAUAGGUCGAUGAGGGAUUCUGCAACUGUGGUUAUUAACAGUGAAACUCUUAAACGCAUUGCUCUGGUUUCCUUCUUCUAUGAGUUGGGAAUGUCCGGCAUCAGCUAUGUCUUACUGUACUACCUGAAGUCAGCUUUUGGUUUCGACAAGAAUCAGUUUUCUGAAAUUCUGAUGAUGGUGGGAAUAGGUUCCAUUAUUUCUCAGAUUUUGGUGCUUCCACUUAUCAAUCCAUUGGUGGGAGAUAAAGUUGUACUAUGCAUAGGCCUACUUGCAUCAAUAGCCUAUGGAGUGUUCUAUGGUUUGGCAUGGGCACCUUGGGUUCCAUAUCUCAGUGCCUCAUUUGGAUUAAUCUAUAUCCUAGUGAAACCAUCUACUUAUGCUAUUAUUUCAAAAGCAGUGAGCUCAACCAAUCAGGGGAAAGCCCAAGGAUGUAUUGCUGGUGUGGAAUCAAUUGCCAGUUUAAUAUCACCACUUGCCAUGAGUCCUCUUACUUCAUUGUUCCUGUCAGGCAAGGCCCCCUUUGGUUGCAAAGGUCUCAGCAUCUUAUGUGCAUCAAUAUCUAUGGUCAUUGCUUUGUUUCAGGCUUUGCUGCUGAAACAGGAUGAUAGCCACUCAAGUUGUAACCCUGAUGACAAUAUUGGCGAGAGUGAAGCACCACUCCUUUCAUGAUAGUUGGCUGGCCUGCUCAUUUUGGUAAGAUGUACAAGAAACAGCCGAUGCCUGACAGUAUAAUUCAUCAUCCUGAUUCUUGUGGCAUAAUGCAACCAAUGCUUCUCUAUUUAAGAGAUGGUCACCUAUAUGUCCUAAUGUAACAAAAACUUUCCCCUUCUUUUCUAGUUUGUAUUCUCUAGAGCAAUCAGAGAGGGAAAAAAAAAUUGACAUAUAAAGUCAUGACAAAUUGAUGCCAUCAUUAGUUAAGAUAGCUUAUCUAGAGAAGAACUUUAGAGAAGGCACACUAAAUAAAUACUUAAGGCUUGUAAGGCCCAAUCUUCCCUUCAGAAUGUAGACAUCCAAGUUUAUUUCUUUAUGACAAGGCUUCUAUUUCACCAA